GUUUUAUGACUGAAAACAGGAAACGGGAAGUGUACACAAAAAAAACAAACAUUUCUACACCUUUAGUAGCUUUAACUUUACAGGUGACAAUGGGAGCUGCGUCAUCAAAACAGUCAGGCCCAAAGCCCAGGAAACUGACCAAAGAAGAAAGGACUGCGGCCCAACUCCAGUCCCUCAUCCCAGUAGACCCCGUACCUUACAGAGGUCCCCAGCUUCAGUACUGCCUCAUAGAUGUGCCUGUGAAGAUGAAAGCACACAUGCAGUUUGGUUUUGGUGGUCAACAACUGACGUCUGACAUCGACCAAUACUAUGCAACCAUAGUUCAGCCUUACAAUGAUGGUUAUGUCAUGACACAAUUCAUGAAGAUUCCUGGCCAAAUGAACCGUGGUGGGAUGAUAAGCAUGAGUGUCACAUUCCCAUACCAGGCUAUACACACCAGACCAAUAAAUGUUGCACCAUCACCAGAAAGGUGGCAAUUGCGUGUAGAGAAGAGUGUCAUUGAACUGCAGGUAUUCCGCUAUGGCUUGAUAAGUGGGGGAGGUUCAUCAGCAGCAAAUACAUCACACAUCCAUGAUAAGAUUCAUGAGAUGACUCAGGCUGGAGGAAGAUUGAUCUGUGUAGAAAUGACAGGGGCCCAACAAGGACCUAAUAUGUCCCAAGCCAUGUCAGGAUAUGGCGGAGCAUUUGGAGUUGAUAUGAUGUUUAACAUGCCACUCCACCCCAACCCCAAGUUGUAUAGCUACCAGGCUGCUAAUGUUCCUGUACCAUACACUGUGCAAGCUGGCUUUUCAAUGCCAAGUUUUCAGUGCAAUAUUGACUGGAAUGCCCAGUUUGGAAGCUGGCUGAAUCAAGGCUGGAAACUCAUUGAGAUUUUCCUGGACAACUCCCAGUCACAGCAAAGAACUGGGCUAAUGUCUGCUGGAGGCACCCUUAACUCAAUUUGGUGGUUUGAAAAAGAGAAUUCUCGACUGAAUGAUACAACUCCUUUGUACCAGGGAGCAAUUAUUCCAUACGCUCAUGAGAUAUCAGCUGGUUUUGGCUCAGUAAAUGCAAAAAGCAGCUGGACACCAAUUAUUCAGGAAAUGGGAAAUAAAGGAUGGGAACUGGCAACAAUACUCCCAACUCCAACAAUGUCUAGGAAUGGUAUGACAUCAUUCUCCAUGCAUCUUCUGAUGUUUUUCCAACGACCAAUUAUCUACGAGGCCCAGGGAUAUACAGCGCCCCCUGCUGAAGCUAUGAGCGCACCCCCUCCACCUUCUUAUAACGCAGUUGUCGACCAGAAACCAACAAAUACAGCUGAGAAAAGUGAGUCGUCGGGUGUGCUCCGCUAGAAGCCUCAUCAUACUUUUUAUCAACUUAUGGUAGUAAAAAGUAGCAUAUCAUUUAAUUGACUUAUCUUGCCUGAUUUAUGUUAACCUUGGUUUAUGACUUGGAUAAAUUUUAUUGUAAUUAACUUUAUUUGGGGAUUGAAUGAUUUUUCAUCACAGCAAAAUCACCACUAGAUACACUUAUACAACAAUAUAUGGAAAAAUCCCAUAUAAACAUCAAGCAAGCCAAGCACUAAACACAUUGAAUUGAUAUAUGGAAUUGCACAGGGAAAAGAUAUUGGCCAUGUUUGGAAUCAAUAAAACAAAAUUAAUGCUCUCAGUGCAUCUUGCAGAGGAAUUGAAAUUUCGUUGCUGUGAAAGUGGUAACCCUGUUACAUAUCAACAAUGAAAACUUUGUCUAACUAUUUGUUCCUACAUUACUGAAGAAAUUAUUUUUAUAUAUUAGUCCUAUGUGCACCUUAUAUGCAGAGUAUGCUGUACAAUGUAAAUUCAAAGGACAGGGUAUUACUUAGUAAAAUGAAAAGAUAUGUUAUAUUGAGAGAAUGGCUAUUAAAUACUCGUAAUGUAGUGUGGGAAGGGGUUGUUGCAAUUUAUUGUUCAAUUCAAUUUAUUUCAUAAUUUCUUCUAUAAU